AUGAGUUCCCUACUGACGGAUCGAAUUAUAGAAGAAUGUCUAGAACAAGAAGAUAGUGAAGAAGAAAAUGUGUCAGAAAUAGAAGAUUUUGAGGAGCAUAGUGAUCAUGAAAGCGGAACAGAGCAAGAAGCAAGUGAUUCAGAUGGGUCUUCAGUGUCGGAAGAGAGUUUUCCUUCGAAUUUACAAAUUGAGAAUACUGAAGAUGAAGAAUAUUUAGAGGAUGUACCGCUUAAGUACUUGAGGCGAGGUCGUUUUACUGGAAAAGACAAAAGAACUCGCUGGCAAGUUCGUGAGCCGCCGCGACGUGUACGAACAAGAUCCCAUAACAUUAUAUAUCAUUUGCCGGGACCGAUUGGCGAAGGCAGAUCUUGUUCAUCUAUGUUAGAAGCCUGGAAUCUUGUUUUUCCGGAAACGUGUUUACUAAAGAUAGUCCAGUAUACUAACAUUUAUAUAGAAGAGCUAAAGUCUAAAUUCUCAAGAGAACGCGAUUGUAAAAGUACAGAUAUCGUUGAACUUAGAGCUCUUUUUGGAUUACUUUAUUUCUGCGGAAGAUUGCGAAGUGGUCAUCUGAACACAAAAGAUCUCUGGGAAAAAGAUGGAAGUGGUUCCGACGUCUGUAUAGCCACAAUGUCACGAGAAAGUAAUUCACCAAGUGAAGUCGUCAAACGCUUAGUAGAACCUAUAAAGAAUAGUCAUCGUAACAUAGUGAUGGACAAUUGGUUCACUAGUUUUCCGCUAUUACGUGAUUUGCUCAAUGAUUAUGGUUUGACAGCAUUGGGCACUAUUCGAGUAAACAGUCAUGUUCUAUAUUGCGCCUCAAACCCUCAAAAGCGUAUGAGCCGUUACAAGUUUUUAGAAGAACUUGCAUACGCUUUAGUAACUCCACAUGUUAUGAAUAGAAGAUCUAUGACAAAUCUUUCAAAAGAGCUGAAAGAUAUGAUUGACAAGUUUCUCCGUGAGGUUGGUGUUGAGCUACCUGAAGAUCAACCUGCACAAGGACAGAGCCAAAAUAAGAGACCAAAGAAAUCGCGCUGUCAUUUGUGCCCACGGCUCAAAGACAGUAACACCCCAAGAGUGUGCUCAAAAUGUAUGAAGAAUGUGUGCCGUAAUCAUUCUGUAGACGUAAUAGUAUGUGCUAAAUGUCAGGAAAAGUAUUAA